AUGGGUGCUAGCUGCAAGGAUCAAAAGAAGGCUGUGGCCGUCUGCCUACAGAGGUCGCCCUGUGUUAUGAUUGAAAGAAAUACACCUCAGAGAUGCAUAGAUGACCCUAAUCUGAAUAAAGACCUUCCGGAGCUCUGUAUUGCCCAGAUGAAGGCAUUCUUGGAUUGUAAGAGGGGGAUGGUGGACAUGACGAAGAGGUUCACUGGCAAUGCACCGCUUUCAACUGGAAGAUACGACCAGCAGUACGAGAAUCUGUGCUCCGGAAAGUUCAACCCCAGAGAGGAGAUGCAAAAACUCAACCUGUUAGACAGUAGCAACAGGGAGUAG